CUGGUGUGUGUUGUUUUUCUUUUAAUCUCUUUGUCAAUCGGCUGAUAAAUGUGCAGAACCUCCACUGGUCACAUCCUGUGUUUGUUCUGUGUCAGUUCAUUCAGAGCCUUUCAAAAGCCUUCUUCCUAUUUUUUCCCUUUUAUUUUUCUGAAAAAGUCUGAACCGAGCAUGUGGUUUUUCUUGGUCAUUUUUCUGGUCCCGUUUCCCUGCAAUGCAAAAGAUGAGUGUUCCCUUGCUGUCUCUACGUCCCAUACAAACGUCGAUGUGACCGUUGGGCAGCGCUUGAACCUGACCUGCAAGUUCACCUGCCUCAGUGUGAAUUAUGGAGUCCAGCUGCUGAAGGACAAAGAGCUGCUGAGCGAGCAGAGUUUGUCCAAAGAUUGGCCAGAGUCCAAACACAACUUCAUUCUGUUCAUGCUUAUUCCCGCGGUCCAGCACAAUGACUCAGGGAUGUACACGUGCCAGACUGUCCCAGGAGAAGUCGUCAUCUCUGUAAUGGUCAACGUUGGUGACAAGCCCUCAGAGCAGCCCAAUGUGACAGUUGACAAGCACACAGUGAAGCCCAAUGUGACGGAUGUCAUACAGUUAGAGACGUCUUCAGAAGUGAAAUCCACCUGCAAUGCAUCGUUUUCAUGGAACGCACCUCUGUGGUACCUGCUGGGCAAGACGGUGCUUUUCCUCAUCUGCUCUCUGAGCGUGGUGUUGAAGAAAACCUGUUAGAUGCCGAGAGCGAUAGUUCCUUCUUCAAGAACGUGUCCAGGACCUUCUGCAGCUCCUUGGUGUGUCAUUUCACUCUCCUAAAAAACUAAAGUUCAUUAUUGAAAUUCUUUUUCAGCAAUAUAGGAAAACAUGAAUUUAACUGAUAAGAAAAUGUACAAUUAUUGAUUCUUUACAAGACUUACUUUUCAUUUCACCGAGUUACAUGUGAGAUUUUUAGCACAGAAUUAUCAAAUACAACUCAAUAUGUGAUGAACUAGCUCACGUACGACUUUCAAAUCAUUCUACUGAUUCACUUCACUUAAUUUUUUUCUUUUUUAAAUUUUUUAGUAAUUUGGUUUCAUUUGAGUUUCACUUUUGGGCUGAACUUUUAAGUAACUGUCAAUCAAUAUCAUGAGAAUAAACAUAAUAAAAAAAUGGAACUCACUUUUCUUUGUCUCAUGUCCUCAGGAAAAGAAAUGAUGAAAUGUUGUAACUUGUGGAAUAUUCCAAUUAUGACAAGACUGAGUGGAAUAACUUUUAUUCUACCCACAUUCACUGGAUUUUGAGAAAGAGCAUUAUUUUUAGCAAAUUCAAUAAAUAAAAACUUUACACAAAACAUCUGACAAAAUAAUUUCCGCUUAGAAGGUAAACAAACCAGUGAAAUGACUGGAGCAAUUUGUGAAAAAUGCGAUAAUUCUUGGGAAAAAAACAACCCUCAAAUACUUUUAUUCCAUAUUUUGUAUUUUUGUUUCCAGUGAAUUUUCAUAUCCAGUGAAUGUAGAUAGAAUAAAAUGGAUAAUUCAUAUGAAGUGUUCAGUGAAGUCAAACAUUAAUGCAAAAAUAUAUUCAAGAAUUUUAGUUUGUAGCGAUAGUGAGGAAGACACAUGACUGGGGAACACUAUAGGCGUGAAUUUACACAUCUUCGUCAAGAACUUCAUACCCAUCUGAUGCAUGCCAGGUUUUUUUUUUUUAAAUAAAAACAUGCUGCAUACAAAAAGUGACUUCGCUUCCAACUGUUAAUUUUCUUUAAAAAAAUAAAAUAAAAAUCUCCUAAUAGCUUUUCUACCUGAAACACAUUUUUAUGCUUCCUUUAUAAUUAAUCAUUACAUUGAUGAUGAUGAUGAUGAUGAUGAUGAUAGUUUAUUUCAAACAUGUAAACAAACAAUGAAUAAAUAAGCAGAUAACAAGAAAAACAAAACAGCAUUUGCAACAAAAACAUGUAAAAAGCCACUAAAUUAGAAAAUAAACCUUAAAUAAUAUAGGUAAUAAUAUAUAAAAAAAAAUCAAAACAAAAGAAAACAAGACAAAAAUGCAAACAAGGACACACCAAGCAGUUUUGAGUUUACAUGUCCAAAAAGGAGUGGGCUGAAGUAAAAACUUAUCCCACCCAUCAACUUUAGUCAAUAUAAAUUGAUUAUCGAACUUCCUUAUA